AUGCCCACCCCCAACGCCCCCGCACCGCAGGCCAGGGGCUUCCGGAGGGCCGUGUCUGAGCUGGACGCCAAGCAGGUGGAGGCUGUGAUGUCCCCGCGGUUCGUGGGCCGGCGCCAGAGCCUCAUUGAGGACGCCCGCAAGGAGCGGGAGGCGGCGGCGGCAGCCGGCGCAGCAGCGGAGGCCGGGGACCCCCUGGAGAAGCUGUCCUUCGAGGAGAGAGACGGGCAGGCCGUGCUCUCGCUGCUCUUCUCGCUGAGGGACGCCAGGCCCUCGCUGUCCCGGGCCAUGAAGGUGUUUGAGUCUUUCGAAGCCAAGAUCCAGCACCUGGAGACGCGGCCGGCCGCAGGGCGGCGGGCGGGCAGCCCCCACCUGGAGUGCUUUGUGCGCUGCGAGGCGCCCCGCGGGGACCUGGCUGCCCUGCUCAGCUCUCUGCGCAGGGUGACAGAGGACGUGCGCAGCGCCGGGGACCACAAGGUCCCCUGGUUCCCAAGGAGAGUGGCGGAGCUGGACAAGUGUCACCACCUGGUCACCAAGUUUGAUCCUGACCUGGAUCUGGACCACCCGGGCUUCUCGGACCAGGCGUACCGCCAGCGCAGGAAGCAGAUCGCCGACAUAGCCUUCCAGUACAAGCAUGGGAGCCCCAUCCCCCGCGUGGAGUACACGGCCGAGGAGAUUGCUACCUGGAAGGAGGUGUACAGCACGUUGCGGGGCCUGUACGCCACGCACGCCUGCCGCGAGUACCUGCAGGCCCUGGAGCUGCUGGAGCAGCGCGGCGGCUACGGCGAGGACCGCAUCCCCCAGCUGGAAGACGUCUCCCGUUUCCUGAAAGAGCGCACGGGCUUCCAGCUGCGGCCCGUGGCUGGCCUGCUCUCCGCCCGGGACUUCCUGGCCAGCCUGGCCUUCCGUGUGUUCCAGUGCACCCAGUACAUCCGCCACGCUUCCUCGCCGAUGCACUCGCCCGAGCCGGACUGCUGUCACGAGCUGCUGGGGCACGUGCCCAUGCUGGCCGACCGCACCUUCGCCCAGUUCUCCCAGGACAUCGGCCUGGCAUCCCUGGGGGCCUCGGACGACGCCAUUGAGAAGCUGUCCACGCUGUACUGGUUCACGGUGGAGUUCGGUCUGUGCAUGCAGAACGGAGAGGUGAAGGCCUACGGCGCGGGGCUGCUGUCCUCCUACGGGGAGCUCCUGCACUCCCUGUCCGAGGAGCCUGAGAUCCGCGCCUUCGACCCCGACGCGGCCGCCGUGCAGCCAUACCAGGACCAGACCUACCAGCCCGUCUACUUCGUGUCCGAGAGUUUUAGCGACGCCAAGAACAAACUCAGGAGCUAUGCCUCCCGGAUCCAGCGCCCCUUCUCGGUGAAGUUCGACCCGUACACGCUGGCCGUGGACGUGCUGGACAGUCCCCAGGCUGUCGGCCGCUCCCUGGAGGAUGUCCAAGAUGAACUGCACACACUUGCGCAGGCGCUGAGCACCCUCAGCUAG